AUGGAAUAUUUGGAAGAAAUCAACAAAAUAUUAGCAAUCAGUUAUUAUUAAGUAAUUAUAGCAGAUGUUUAUACAUUAAAGGCAGAAAAAAAUAUAAUCUUAGAUGUUAUUUCAUCACUAUUUCUAAUUAAAAAUACUUCUUUAGCUUUAAUUUCACAGCGUUCUUGCUAAAGCAAUUUAAUUGACACUUUAACGUUAACAUAAAUCACUUCAUUUGAUGUUUGCUAAUACACAAACAAUUUAGAUAAUGUUAUUUAGUUAUCCAAAGGUUUUAAACUUUAAAGUGGUAUUGUUUUCUUAGCUGUACUAGAUUAAUAAGGUUUCUAAACAUGGUCUUUGAAUUUAUCUAAUUUACAAAUAUAAUUUACUGGCUAUUUAGUAUAACCAGCAAAUUAAUACCCCCCGUUCACAUACACUGAUAUAGAUAUACAUGAUAGUUAUGAUAUUAUAUUUACUGUUGGAUCUUACUAUGUUCUAAAUAUUUUUUAGAUUAUGGAUGGAAUGAAAUAUCAACUUUUGAAUAACAUAAAUUUAUAAAACUCAUAAUAUAGUAUCUUAAAUGUGAAAUUUUUAAGAGUUGGAUAAUAAGAAAAUAUUUAUUUAAGUGAUCUAUAAUUUAUAUACACACUAAAUAUUUAGACAACUUUUUAGUUAAACAGUAACAUAGCUGAAAUUGCUUUUAGUAAUUUAGAUAAUCCAUAUUAAUAUUAUAGACAAGAUAAUCAAAUAGCAUAAUGGUACUAUUUGGCAGAAAAUAAUAAAUUCCUGAUACCACUUUAGAAUGGUUAUAGUUACUAUUAAACAUACACAUAUAUAUUUGAUAUAGCUACUAGUUAAUAGCAAUAAAUACAACUUUCCUAUGCAAUGUCUUUUACAAAGAUUUAUUCUAUCUAAAUUGAUCAAGUGAAUUACUAUGUUAAUGCUUAAUAAUAGUUUAUUUUUGUUACUAAUGAUAAUUUUAAUGGAAAUAUAGUAUAAUAUAUUUAUAAUAAUGUGUUUCAUAAAAUAGAUGGUAAUAUAAUUACUUUCAAUAAAGUAAUGCCAACUGAAUAGAGCUAUUCUGCAUAAAUAUUACCAUUUUAUGGAUUAGAUUAUAAUCAAAUGAGUUAAUAAGUAGAAGCUUAUUAUGAUGGCUAACGUAAUUAUUGGGUGAUCUUUGGUAUACCUCAUAAAAAAAAUAAUGAGCUAUUUUUAUUUAUAAUAAUUGAAAUUAGCUAAUCUAUCCAUUCAACAUUAGUUUCUGAUAGUUAAGAUGACAAUAUUAACGAAACUAGUUAUGCAAUAUAUUCAGAUAUAAACAAACAAAUUAUAGGUCUAGAUGUAUUUGGAAAUGUUUAUAAAUGGAGUUCAUAAGAUAUCACAAAAUUCUAAGGAAAAACAACUAUAACAUAAUAUUAGUGCACUAAUUCAGGUGUAGGGGAAUUAUACCAUGAUGGAAACGUGAUGUAUUUAAUAGCUGUCUGCUCAGACUUUUAAGUGAUAAGCUAUAAUAUAAAUAAUGGAAACACUUAGUUAUUAGAUAAGCUAACAUCUAUGCCCAAUCACAUAAACUCGCUUGAAAGUAUCUCGCUAUUAGGAUACGGAGAUAAAUUAACUAGCGAGAUAUUUUUAUAUAAAUUUGACUCAACAACAAGAAAAUUUGUUUUAUUUAUGAAAUUUAUUGCAAAUUAUAGCAGGGAUUAAUCAAUAAAUUUAAGUUAUGUACCAAGCACUAAAAUGUUAUGGAUCCAGUAUAGAUACAGUAAUAUAUAUAUCCCUAUUGAGUAAUGUCUAUAAAAUAUUAAUGAUUGCUUAAGUUGUGAAAUGGAUUUUUAUUUUAAUACAAGUGAAGAUCAACAACCUGAUUACUUGUAUGGAGAUGGAACAUAAGACUCUCCAUUUAAAUCAUCUAAAUAAUUAAUGACUUCAUUUUUAUUAGCACAAUAGUAUAGUUAAUUUGUUGAUGGAGUUUAGAAAAUAGAUGUUAAUUUACAUGUUAACUCAUAGAAUUCCAUGAUUAUCUACCAUGAAUUAUUAGAUAUUUCUUAUGGAAGUUUGAUAAAUCUUAAUAUUAUUAACCUUGAUUAAUCAAACUAAGCAAAGCUAACAGCUUUUAAUUAAUUGUAAUUUCCUUCUUUCUAGUCUUUAUAAUUGAAGAAUAUUUUAAUAGUUUACAACAUAACAGAUAAAUAACCUUCUUGUGGUUUACAAUUUGAUAAUGUAAACUAAGUAUAUAUAGAUAAUGUUAAUUUAAAUUCUAAUAAUACAGCAGUCAGCUGCUAUUCAAUCGUAGUUAAUAAUUCAAAAUUAACAUUAUCUAAUAUUAAUAUUACAAAUUAAGACUUUACUAAUUUCAAUAAAAUUAUUCAAGUCUCUAAUUCCAAUUAAAUCAUUUUAAAUAACAUAAGUUUAACUAGCAGUGUUUUGGGAAAAGACUUUUCUAUAUUAGAAUAGAUAAACGAUGUUCAAGUUAUUAUAAAUUCCUUUGUUAUCUAAAAUAACGUUUGUAGUAAAUCUUAGGCGAGAAAAUCUUCAACUGUAGGUUACUUAUUUUAAGUUAGCUAAUUCGAUGUAAACGAUAUGAAGAUUAUUCGUAAUUAAUUUUGUGAUUAAUCAGUAUUUACUACUGUAACAAGUAUAAGUCAAAAUAAUAACCAAUUUUCUUUCCAAAAUGUUAUCAUUUAGUAGAAUUCUUUUUAAACAAUGGCAUCUUACCUAUUCUUCAAUGCAAUUUACUACUUUAAUUUACUUCCUAUGCAUACUCUAAUUCUUAAUAACAUUUAUGCAUCUAAUAAUUCCUACACAUCUGAUUCAUAAAAUAUUUCUGAUACGAAUAAAUUAACUAUUCCAUUAAUAUAAAUAAAUAAAUUAUUAAACAUUAGCAUUUAAAAUAUUGUUUUUUAAAAUCAUGUAGAGAUAGCAUUUUCUUCAAUUACUUAAUCAAAAAAUGCAAGUUUAUUUAAUAUAACUUGUUCAAAUUAACAAAGUUUUAUAAAUGCUGCUUUGUCAGAAUCUUAUGCAGGAUGUUUCUAAUUUGAAGAUAUAAAUAUUUUAAAUAUAAACAUUUUUAAAUCAAGUUAUAUUAAUGCAAUAGAUAACUCAAUAUUAAGCAUAAUAAACUAAAAUUACUAGUAAAAUUAAAUUAAUGCUUCCAAAAUAGAAGUAUUUAAUUGCUUUUUUUAGCAAACAAAAGUUAACACCUAAGCAAAUCCUCUAUUUAUCUCAUCUUUUUACCAGACUACAGUAACAAUUUCCAAUUCCAACUUUCAUGACAAUUAAUUAAGUGGUCUUCUUAAUCCCUAAACAUAAUCAACUACUGCUAUUUAGAGCAAUUCUACUAAGAUAAAUAAUUGUACAUUUAGCAAAUCUUCAUUUGACCUGAAUGAUAAUAACUAUAUAUUUAAAUAAAAUGGCGGAUUUCUAAGGGUUAAAACAGAUACAUUGAUUAUUAAUAAUACUUAAUUCUCAUAAUCAACAUCUAGGAUAGGUUCAUUUUUAUAUAUCGAACCAUAAAAUUAGAAGUUAUUAAUUGAGGUGAAUUAAUCAUAGUUUAGUUAAGGAUUUUCUAUUAUGGAUGGAGGAGCUCUAUUUUUAGACCCUUAAAGUGCGAUAUUUGAUUUAUCAUUUAAUUAAUGCAAUUUUUCAGAUAUUUACUCAAAUUCUUCUAAUUCAAAAGCUUUGUCUAUUGGGCAAUCUUAAUUAAUUUAGCAAAGCUAACAGAAUCAUAUUAUUUUAAUAGGUAUAAAAAUUUUGAAUGCUUUUGGAGGUACUAAUUCUGCAUUUUUAAAUGCAAUAAAAUGUAAUUUAACUAUACAAAGCAUGGCUGUCACUCAUAAUUAAUAGUUUUAGGUAUUAAAUUUAUUUAAUGAAAUUAAGUAUGAUUAAUUAACGACAUUCCAACUUUAAAAUUCUGAGGUAACUAUAAAUUAAUUGAAUUUCAGCAAUUUAAAUAUACCCACAAGCUCUUCACCUCUUUUAAUGAGUGCUACUUCUUCAAAUGUGACUAUUUAAAAUUCAAUAGUUGAAAAAAACAAUUUUACUCUAAGCCUGAUUGACUUCAUCCAAGGUUAGCUCACAAUACAAAAUACCAAAUUCUAAAAUAUACACUAAUCUAUACCCAAAUCAAGAAUAAUUGAAGAAUCUACAUAAAAUAAUUAAGGCUCUUUUAAUUCAUUGAUCAGGAUUACAAACUCAUAAUUAAAAAUAAAUUAAAAUUCAGUUUUUAAUUCAAUUUCUUGUUUAUACAACUGUUAAGGCUCAUCAAUAUUAAGUCAAUAAUCUACUCUAAUCGUUUAAGAUUGCCGAUUUAUAGAUUCUUAGUCAUCUAAUGGUGGUUAAUUCUCAGUAGUUGGACUUAAUUCUAAUUAUAAUAUUAUUGAGAACACGUAUUUUAUAAAUAAUGAAGUUAAUAAGGAUGGAGGAGCUUUUUUCUUGUAAACAAACUAGCAAGAUGUAUUUUAGUUAAACUUUAUUAACAGUAAAUUUACUUUAAAUAGGGCUUAGUAGGGAUAUGGAGGUGCACUUUAUAUCAGUUCAUAAGCAUAAAAUACAUAACAAUAGAAUAUCCUUCUAACAAAUAUAUUGAUUUAUUAAAACAGUGCAUUGGUUGCUGGUGGAAUUUUUAAUCAAGGGAUCAACCCAACAUUAGAUAAAAAUUCUUAAAUACAUAACAAUAUAGCUGAUUAUUAUGGGGCAGAUAAAUUUUCAUACCCUCAAGAGUUAUAUUUAAUAAAUUAAAACAAAUUUAAAGUAAAUAGCAAUAGUAAUUAAGCAAAAGUAAUUUUGGAUAAAUUUAAAAGUGGUGAUACCCUACCAGAUAUUAUAUUUUAACUUAGAGAUGAAACAUUAAAGCAAGUUAUUUAGUUAUAAGGGUAGCAAUUAUAAGCUCAAAUAAAAACAAGUAAUUCUUUAGCUUUCAAAGGAGAAACAAUAGUUAAUAUGGAACCAGUUUAAAAUGUUUUUAUCUUCAAAGAAAUGACUUUGAUUGGUAAGCCAGGGCAAAUGUCUUUUAUUGAAUUUACAUCUGAUUCAAUAAAAAUAUUUAAUAGUAAUACUCAAAGUUAUGAGCAAAACUAUUCCUAUCCUAUUUAAGUUAAUUUUAGGGAAUGCAAUAAAGGUGAAAUAAUCUCUUCGUAUAAUAAUAAUUUUUAAGAAUGUUAAACUUGUGAUGAAGGUAAAUACUCUCUAGAUUUUUCUGGGUGUUAUUCAUGCCCUUCUGGAGGUGAAUGCACUAGAGGAGUAAUUCUUUUAAAGCAAGGUUUUUGGAGAGAAGAACAAUACAGCUCAGAUAUUAUUGAAUGUACUAAUAGAUUGGAAAAUUGCAUAGGAAAUUCAUAUGGAAAUGCUGUUUGUAUAGAAGGGAAUAUCGGGCCUUUGUGUGAAGAAUGUGAUGUGUAAGGUACUUAUUGGAAAACUAGUUUCACAAAAAAAAGUAAAUUUGAGUGUAUAAAAUGUAAAGAAUAGAUAUACAAUAUAUGGAAAUUAUUUUUAUCUAUAUUAUGGAUAUUUUUUGCUGUGUAUCUCACUGUUAGGAGAGACAAAAAAAAUUAAAGAUUAAGGUUAAUUGUAAAUGCCUUUUAUAAAAAAAAUGUAUACACAUUUAUGGAUAGAUAAAAGACCCUUCUCUAUGAGUAGAAAUCAAAAAUCUAUAUGAAGAUUUUUGUUAAUUAUAUUUAGAUUGCCUCUGCAGCUGUCUCAUUUAAUUUAAAUAUAGGAGCAUAUGUAAUAGAUGCAAUUUCUUACUUAGGAGUGCCUAUUUCUACAUCUAUUGACUACUUAGAAUGUUUAAUAAAAGAUUUAAAUUCUGACAUUCCCUUGAUUUAUUUGAAAUUGAUUGUUUCCAUUCUAUGCCCUUUAGCUAUUUUGUUAGUUUACUUAGUAUAUGAAGUAAUUAUAUAAAAGUGUUACUACAAGUCAACGCGUCUUUUUUCUUACUCAGUAUAUACAGCAUCAAUAUUUUUAUUCCUUUAUGUAUAACCAGACUUAGUUUCUUAAAUGAUUGGCCUUCUUUCCUGUAGAAAAAUAAUGAACACAGAUUACAUAUUAAUUAAUAUGAAUUAUUAAUGCUACACAGAUACAUAUAAAUUUUACAGUAUAGCCUUAGUUCUACCUUUUUUGAUAUUGUGUACUAUUGUUUUACCUGCUUUUCUAUUUAUUUAGAUUUAUAUUUCCUAAAGAAGACAUGGUUUAAAUGAUGUAAAAAUAAAUUUAAAAUAUGGGUUUUUAUUUUAAGAAUAUAAAGAUUCUGUCUAUUUUUGGGAGAUAAUUAAAAUCAUUCAAAAAAUUGUGAUAAUUAUUCUUCUGAACUUUUAUUCUUAAGUUGUAAUGGUGAAAGGUAUUUUAAUCUACUUAGUUAUUUUGUUUUAUGGAGUGCUAUCAAAUAAAUACAAGCCUUACUAAUAAGAUUAAUUAAAUAAAAUUGAUAAUUAUUCAACUUAAAUUUGUGCUUUCACAAUAUUGCUUUGUGUCUUCAUUAACAAUAAUUAAUACAAUUAUUUGAAAAUUGGCUGUUUUAUAAUAAUAGUUUUGAUUAACUCAUUUUUUAUCAUUUACAUAGCUCUAAGAAUACUAAAAGACAAAUAUAAUUAAGUCAUUAAUCUAUUGUUUAAAGUUUUUGAAAAAUACCCAUCAAUACAAAAAUACUUUAAAUAAAGAAAGAUAAAAAUAAAUCCUGCUUUAAAGCAAAAGAUCAGAUCAUCUUUAAAAGAGUUUGCAAAGUUAAAUCAAAAUUAAAUUAAGGAAAUGCUCUCUUCUAUUAGAAAUACAAAAACAACUUAAUAAAACCAACAUGAAAAUGAUAAUUAACUUAAUUCUAAAUAAGAUUAAGAAAACAUUUUUUUACAAGACUUAAGUCCUACUAAGUAGCUAGAUUCUAUACCAAAUAGUCACAGAUAAAUGUUGAGCAUUGAAACAGACAGCUCUAAUUUUAAUACAUAGAUGAUUAACAGUUAAACAGAAAGACUUUAUGCAAGUUUUAAACCAAAAUCAAUGUUAAGCGUAGAAUAAAAGCACUUGACAAAUAGUUAAAAACCAAUUAAUGUUAAAUUUAAGAUAUCUUACUUAUAAGCACACAGUGGAGACAUUCAAGAAGAUUCUUAAAACAAAGAGAAUUCUAUAGGCAAUUAAAUUGAAGAUAAUUAAAAGUAAAAUGUGACAGAAAACUCUCAAUUUAAAGAAGUCUCUUAAAAAGGAUAUUCAGAAGCUACUUAAAAUGAAAUAGAAUUAAUAAAAAAUUCUUAAAUUAAAGAUGGCUCAUUAAGUGAACAAAUUAAGAGCUGUUAAAAUAUUUGA